AUGAGGUUGGAGAACACAUGUCCCACCCAGUCUGAGGAGACUAGGAUUAUCUUAAGGUGGCUUGGCAACAAAAUGCUUGAAACUAUCAGAUCAGAUCCCAACACUAUCAUACCUGUUAUUGUUGACAAGGAAAAGAGGCAGUUUGGGCUUGAGGUUCCUAGGAUGAUGGCAUGGAGAGCUAAGAAGAAAGCAAAGGAUAUUGUUCUUGGAGAUCACAAGAAGCAAUAUAGGAGGCUGAGAGAUUAUUUGGAGACUAUGAAGCUUACAAAUCCUGGAUCUAGGUGCAUUGUCAGUACUGUUAGUGGCAAAACCAAAGAAAAUCCUACUGUUGGACCAAGAUUCCAUGUGGUGCACAUAAGGGAUGCAAACAACAAUAUGUACCCCAUUGCCUUUGGAGUGGUUGGAGUUGAAGAUACACCAAACUGGUCCUGGUUCUUAACACAACUCAAGUAUGCUCUAGGAGGAAGUGAAGAGGGGAAAUUUGGAAAGUACACAUUCAUGUCUGAUAAACAGAAGGUACUGUUUGAGGCACAUUUAUGCAAACUUCUAGAGAGCAGGAUUCAAAGGAGAGGAUUUGAAGAGAUGCAUGUGGAUGCAGCUGCCUAUGCUUACACCGAACAUGACUUUAUUUUGGUAAUGGAUAGCAUGAAGGCUGAGUGCAUUGCUGCUUGGGAGGGGAUGUCAAGAAUUCCUCCUAAAGCUUGGUCUAGGCAUGCAGUGGAUAUUAAUUGCAAAACUGAUCUGGUGGUCAAUAAAUUAAGUGAAGUUUUUAAUAACUACAUUCUAGAUGUAAGGAACAAGCCAAUUGUCACUAUGAUCAAUGGGAUCAAGGACAAGUUUCUAGUGAUGUUCCACCAGAAGAGGGAGGGUGGAAAAUGUGCUAGAUGGGAGAUUGCACCAACCUAUGCAGCGAAGUUGGAGAUGAACAAGAAGUAUGAAAGGGAUUGCAAAGCACUGAUAGCUGGCCAAGGACUUUUCCAAGUCACUAGUGUAGACAAGACCUAUGCUGUUGACACAAACUACAGAUAUGUGGGUGCAAGAAAUGAGACAUCACUGGAUUUCCUUGCAAUCAUGCUUGUUCUGCCAUCUAUAGAUAGUUGGGUGAAAACUCCAACACCAGACAUUGACCCACCACAAUUCAAAGAUGACAAGAAGGGGACAACAGAAGAGAAAAUGUAA